CAAACGAUCUGCUGCCUGGGACAAACACCUCUUGCUUGUUUUGAAGGAGUUGCCCUUUUUCCGGAUACCAACGAGAAGUCCGGAUAGAACCAAGUCUUGCGAUCGAGGCGAUGAGCGCAGCCUCGCUCGGGUCGUGCUUGGGCGUCGCCUUUGUCGUCGAUGACAUCCACAAGGGCUGCAACCUCGCGUUCCGGUACCCGGCGCCUCAGAGCGACAGCCAUAUCUCGGCGUUUCACCGGCUAAGCUCGGCGCUCGUGGCGAAGCUCUUCCGGCCCAAGAAUGCGCUCUGCAACCAAACGUUCGAGCUCGUGAUCGACGACCUGCGCUUCGUGAGCCACCCCGUGGCCAUCAACGUCCCGUCUGCGCCAGCGUCGGGCCAAGCGCACCGCGAGACGUCCAUGUUCAACGUCAUUUUCGCCUUGGACGAAACCAAGUUCCACAUGGAGAUGGACCCGGCGCCCGGCGACCACAAGCGCAAGGUCGAAGCGUACGCGCAGGUGGCCGCGCAGCUCGCCAACGCGCUCUUGCACGAAGAGAACCGAGUCGGCUUUGUGACCAAAGAGGUGCGCGAGCUCCUCCAUAUCCGCGACGAGAUUGCGCAGAACGAGCGGCUCCAUCACAUGAGCAGCAACAUGGACGACAACAAUAGCGCGCCACAAGAGUCGUCAUACCAAGAAGUCGACUCGGACCCGCAGACGCUCAUCGACGUCGCGCUCGGGAAGAGCAUCCUCGCCAACGACCUCAAGGCCGUCUACCACGGGCUCGAAGAAGACGGCUCGGUCCACGUUGUUCUCAACCGCUGGGUGCAGCUCUCGCUCACGCUCUACGACUCGAACCGGUUUGACAUCACGUCGAUCCGGCCGUACCACACGCUGCUCUUGCUGGCCGAGAAUGAAAAGAUCCUUGAGGCGCUCCCGUCCGACGCUUCGCCGCACCUCCGACUCAUCAUCGAGGCCCACAACCCGCUCCGGGACUUCCACGAGCUCAUGGUCGAGACCGGCAUCCCGCUCAAGCAGCUCUUCCGACUCGCGGCGCACCUCGUGUACUGGGGCGUCGCGCGCGUCCUGGACGCUGUCACGAUGCACAACAUUUACCAAGUGCGGCCGACCGCGAAUCUGCAUGCGCACUCGGCGCUCGCGCUCGAAUUCCGGCGCAAGUUCACGAGCUUUGAGCUCGGCGAGGUGCUCGCGACCUUUAUGGGCAAGCACCGCAUCUCGGUGUACAUGAACACGCUCUCGCAGCACCGGAAGCUCGAGUACAUCCACAUGCUCAUCUGGCUCCUCCAGCACGACUUUAUCGUGCAAUUGCACCGCUACAUCUACCUCAUGAUCCCGCAAGAGACGACGACGACGGAUGUGGCGUCAUCGCCGGCCGAGCCGGAGAAGGACUACAUGGCCCAGCUCGCCCGCAUGUCGUCAUCGAGCCCCGUCUUUGACCUCUUUCAGCGCCUCUGCCCGUACUUUCACGGCCAGCAUCACAUGGUCGAGAUCAUGUGGAGAGAGAACGUGACGCGCGCCGAGCUGCGCAUGGUCCUCAGCACGUACCAGAGUAUCCUUGCGUUUGCCGUGCACGAGUAGUCAACACGAUCCUUGCAUCCAUGUUGUCGCCAUGAUAGCUGGCAUCCUACCAUGCCUUUGCGAUGCGUUAUGCACGAGAUCCAGGUCGUUGGCGUCGUAGAGGUCAUCGCGCUAUGCAGCCGUGGGUGCGACGACCACAGCAACGCGGUGCAACGCACGCGAAUCGCGUCGAUGGCCUCGCCGUCGCCGCGCACGCUUGGGCCUAGCCGCAUGCAGCCAUCGCCUUCAUGGUCAGGAGGGCCAUAGAGCGUGCAGGUACAUACGACCUGCGCAUGGGCCUCGCAGCUCGCGCGGCCUCUGCGCCGAGGAGCCGGCCGGCGGCGAAAUUUCACAGUUGCUCGGAGCGCUGUGAUUGGUCAAUUUCCGAUUACACUCGUUCGACGCGGCAAUAAAAGACAUCUUUUUCAAUACAAAGCUUAAGUUGGCUUUAAAAUUUGUAAAAAAUGAUGCGCCCAGCCGGC